CACAUCGGCGGCAACUCGAUCUGGAGGAGGCGGCCAUUCCGCCGUCCAUUGUCGAUCCCCAGCUCACCGCCCACAAUCCAAAGCCCAGUACAUCGCCGGGUUCCACUUCCAUCCUUCCAAGAACUUGAUCAAUGAAGCUGAACUGAGCAUGAUGAAUCUAUAUGAUGCAUACCCAGUGAUUGCAUAUACCCAAUGAUUGCAUAUACCAAACAAUGGAGGACGAAGAUUGUACCCUUGCUUGUUACUUGAUUGCUGAGGAUAACCCGAAUUAUGAGUUUCUCAAUGAUGACGACGACAUACACACUCUGGUGUCAGCCAUGGAUGCAGAGAGCUCCUACCACGGAUCAAUACAUGUGAGACGAUUUGUCCCCAGAGAACGUGCUGAUGGAGAUGCAAGGAUCAUAUGCCAAUACUUUGCUGCCAAUCCUAUUUACACCCCUGAAAAGUUUCGUGAAAGGUUCCGUAUGAAGCGUCACGUCUUCAUCCGCAUUCUUAAUGCAGUUCAGUCUGUGGGCAGCUACUUCCAGCAACGCGAGGAUUGUACUGGGCUUUUAGGAUUGAGUGCUUUGCAGAAGAUGGUGGCCGCAAUGCGCAUACUGGCGUAUGGCUUGCCGUUAGACGCCGUUGAUGAGUAUGUGCAAAUUGGCACGUCAACGGCUCAUGAGGCUCUUAACCAUUUCUGCAGUGUUGUUAUAGCUGCCUUUGGGGAGGAAUACCUGCGUUCUCCAAUACCUGUCGAUGUGGCUCGUCUACUGCAAGAGGGUGAGAGACGAGGUUUCCCAGGUAUGCUUGGUAGCAUAGAUUGUAUGCACUGGGAAUGGCGGAACUGCCCUACUGCUUGGAAGGGCAUGUUCACUGGACGUGGGAAGCACCCAUCCAUGAUCUUGGAGGCUGUAGCAUCUCAUGACCUUUGGAUAUGGCAUGCCUACUUUGGCCUUCCAGGCAGUUGCAAUGAUAUCAAUGUUCUGCAGAGGGGGCCUAUUUUCUCAGCAUACAUCUGAGGAGAGUCACCUCCUGUUCACUUCACCGUCAAGGGACGGACAUAUGACAUGGGGUACUACCUUGCAGAUGGUAUAUACCUUGAUUGGCUAGCAUUUGUCAAGAGUGUUCGCCAUCCAAUGGAGAGGAAGACACAACGUUUUGCUGCUGUGCAAGAGGGUGCACGCAAGGAUAUUGAGAGAGCUUUGGGAGUUCUUCAGUCUAGGUGGGCAGUAAUCUGUGGGCCGGCUUAUGGAGGGGACAGGGAGCAGCUUUCUGAUAUUAUGACCGCUUGUAUUAUCAUACAUAACAUGAUUGUCAAGGAUAAGAAGACUGAGGCCAUCAAUACCAACUUCGACAACAUUGGCAGACAAGUCAAUCCUUCAGGUGGAAAUGUAGCGGAACGGGAAGCACUUGUAGCAACACAUCACAAGUUGCGUGACCAAGCUCGCCAUAUCCAACUUCAGAAGGAUCUCAUAGAGCACAACUGGAUGCGAUAUGGUUCAAUCUAGUUUUUUUCUUUUGCUUCAGUUGUAAUGCUUUAGAA